AAGCAUGUGGUAAUGAUGGAUUCUAAGUUGUUGCAUAAACAUCCGACUAAAAGUAAUUGUGUUUGAGGUGUUUUCUUAAUAUUCCGAUUCACUUUUCCGCUGAAUUCUGAUGAAGGGAAAAUGUGUGGCUAUGAGCCUGCCUUUUUACGAGCCUUCAAUCUCUCUUCAACCUCAGUUAGGCUAUGAUCUUAGAACAGUUUGUGGACCAACUACAGCACAUCUAGGCGUAGUUAAUUAUUUAAAAAAAAAAAUCGAGACAUAUCAACAGUUAGGCCUACUACAUCGAUACCAGACUGUUUAAAUUCAUGAGUUCUAUGGCUCAUCGUCUGACCCCCCUCCGCCCCUGCUAGGCUUCCUCCUGCUGUUGCUACCUAUUAAUUACAGCGCCUCUCACUCUCACACUCCCUCAAAUUCGCUGACAUUCUCCUGACUGCAUAUUCUCCUGUCUAUGGACGCUUAAACUUUAGCACAAGAUUCGCACUCUUGUAUCCGCAUAUCGAAUUGUUUGCCACAACGAAACGCAGUAGAGUAGUUUAGUAUUUCAGUGUGCGCAAAAAGAAAUUAAGGUUUCAGCUACUUCACAGACUUGCCGGAGAACUCAUUGAGAUGAGAAAGACGUGUGCAUAAAUGGGUCCUUCUCUUUCGUUUUCCGAAACUACCACCAUGGAGCGCCAGCGGUGGAGCGACAACGGAAUAAUCCAUGCGCCAGCCUGACAGAAGUCUCUUACAUUCGGCUCAGGAUGUGUGUGUGAGCUGAGGAAAUAGCAGGUGCAGUCAUGCAGUUGGGGGCGAACUGCAGUUCCGAGUGCGAGUCAGGAGUGUGUUACAUCCACCCACGGCUCAGCGGCCAGGAUGGCUGGGACAUACUGCAGAGACUUUGCUCCCUCUCUACAGGGAGGGUAAUGGAGGUGCAGGGGCGUUCUCUGUCUACGGUGCUGUGUGCUGUGGUGUGGACGCUGCUCUCCUGUGGAAUCCUGCUGACCCUCUUCUUCCUCCUCUUCACCCUGCGCUUCAGGAACAACAGGAUCGUGAAGAUGUCCAGUCCCAAUCUGAAUGUGCUGACCCUGUGUGGAAGCGUUCUGACCUACAGCAGUGGUUUCCUGUUUGCUAUUGAAGAGAAGACGCUGAUUCAGGGAAUGGGGCCCAGAGCAGUACUGCAGGCCCGGGUGUGGACGCUGUGUAUUGGGACCACACUGGUGUUCGGACCCAUCCUGGGGAAGACGUGGCGUCUGUAUCGAGUGUUCACACAGCGCAUCCCUGACAAGAGAGUGAUCAUCAGAGACAUCCAGCUAAUGGGCCUGGUGGCUUUGCUGCUUCUGGUGGACAUUCUGGUUCUGGGCACCUGGGGUCUGGCCGACCCAAUCAAAUGUACACACUCGGUUGGAGCAGUAGUCAAGGUGGUGGAGGUGGACGUGUCCUACUCUCUGUCCCAGCUGGACUCCUGCUCCUCCCAGUACUCCGACCUCUGGACUAUUCUCCUCUCCGUCCUCAAGGGUGUUCUCCUCCUCUACGGGACCUACCUAGCGGGCCUGACCAGCAACGUCAGCCUGCCUCCGGUCAACCAGUCCCCGACCAUCAUGGCCGCCGUUUGUCUGGUGACUAUGUCAUCCGCGGUGGCCAUCCCAGUCUCGCGGUACCUGCACGCCUGGCCCAACCUGGUCUACAGCGUGGUGGCGGGGGCCAUCUUCACCUGCACACUGGCCAUCAACUGCCUGCUGUUCAUCCCUCAGCUGACCCAGUGCAGGCAGUUUGAGGAGGAGAUGAACCCAAACCCGAGUCAGAUGUCCAAAUACUUCAGCAGCCCCAGCCGGAGCCUGCGCUCCAUGUACAGCGAGGAUGAGAUCUACUACCUGCUGGGAGAGAACACCUCCAUGAAGAGGAUCCUCAAUGAGAAAAAUGCAGUGAUCGACAGUCUGCAGGAACAAGUGAGCAACGCCAAGGACAAACUCCUGAAGCUCAUGUCCGUGAGUCACCCCCGCGUGGACGGAGAGAUGGACUCUUCCGACCCCAACCUCAACUCCUGCUCCACCCAGACCACAGUGGUACAUCCCGACGGGCCAGCUACACCCCCCGCGCCCGAGAGUGAGGUGUUGGUCUCCGCCCUGCCCCUGCCAGCCUCUCCCCCGCCAUAUGUGCCUCCUCCCCCAAUGCCACCCUCUGCGCUGGCAUUGGCUUCCUCAAAUCAUGAUCACUCCUCCUCAUCCCUUCCUCCACCUCUUCUCCAGCCUCAACCUUGCCCCUUCUCUCCUCCCCCAGCUGAUGGUAGCUCCUACAGUUCCCACAGCAACCAAAGGAGGGCAGAGUUGGCACCUGAGAGACUGAGUCUAAGGAGAUGUUCUGAAGAGACGCAGUCCAAACCCGCGGCCACACUUAACUCAGGCUCUGAGGUCACUAGAGUGGAGGAAGCAUUGGUGGCUAGUCCCACCACUCAGCCUAACCACGUGCAUGGAUCCACCCUCCUGUCCCCAACAUGGUCCGGACCAGCCCAGGCAGACUCUAUGGGACCAACGGGAGAUACCAUUGUGUCACCGCCGGCUACGGGGGGUGGCUGGCCAGGUUUCAUAAGCAACGAGCAGCUGCAGGAGAUCCUGCAGGACCUGAGCAUGGAUGCCAGGGACACGUCCGCCUUCCGGUCACCUGACCACACGAGGAGUCCGUCCACCAAUCAGAUCCAGGACGAGCUCUCCCCGCUUUCUCCUCGCUCGCCCUGUUCCCGUUUCUACUUCCGCUACCCCAGCAUCUCUCCCUACACCAUGCGUAAGCGCAGGCCCCCCUUCUACCCACACAGGCCCAGCCCCCACCACACGGGGUUCACCCCCCCGCGGCGGAGCAAGGAAACGGGGCUCCACAAACAGGACGAGUCUCAGGGAACUGGGGACCCAAUAAAAAACGACUCCAGUCUUGUUUUAUGUAGCGAGGACGGCAACAAAGGUAGGGGUGAGGUAGACGAGGGAGAGGAGAGGGCCGUUGGUGCCUCGCCCCGUCGGCGACGCAGAGAAAGGCGUUGGGCGCGCCGCGGACCUCCCCCUCCUCGCAGGUGCUCCGUCACGCCUUACUCGGGCCAGUCCCACAGACACGCUCCCCCUGACCCAGAAGGAGGGAAAAGUAGGAACCAGGAAGCUGAGCUCGGGGUGGACCCUUAUGGCUACUCGGACUCGGACUCGGACAGCAGCUCAGAGGACUACUGCUACUACCACCGGCCCUACUGUGAGUCCUGUCUGCAGGGCCCCUACGAGUCCUCCGACAGCACGUCGGAAACCUCGGACAGCGAGUACGGGGGCGUCUUUGACCACACCACACACCCCGUGGUCAACUUCAACGAGGACCUCAAACCCACAUUUGUCUGAGUGUGUAUGUAUGUGUGUGUUUGUGUGUGUGUGUCUGUAUGCAAAUGAACAAAUGCAGAUGAACUGCAGGUGAAUCUAGUAAAAGUAAUCUAUAUCUUUGUACAUCACUAACAUAUGUACAGUGGUUCACCACCGACAGUUGUAGGUUCUAGAUCGAUAGCGAGAGACCAAUGCCACUUGUAGUGUGCCUUUGUGAUGUACCUUCAUGUUACAUUCACGCUAAGUAAUGCUGCACUCCACUGCUGGGUGGACACGUGAUCCUCUAAGCUCUAAACUGAAGUUAGUCACCUGCAGAAGAGCACUAAGGAAAUGUCAGACUGAUGGAGUUGGACUGUUACAUGAUGCAUGACUAACUUAACCUUCUUCACCUAUCAGGGAUGUGUGAGUUUAAUUAGCAUCUCUCUCUCUCUCUCUCUCUCUCUCU